GCCCCACCCCUCCGGCCCCGCCCCGCCGCGAGCUCGGCGCCUGGUCCUCUCAGCGGCCGACGGCAGCCUAGUCCACCCUCGACGCUCUGAGGUCAGCGGCUGGGCCGGAGUGCGGGGGGCGGAGGGACGGAGGGAAGAUGGCGGCAGAGGCCGGAUAUUGGCGCCGCCUCCCCCAAUCCUGGAGCCGGCGCAGAUGAGGCGGCUCGGCUGGGGCCAGCGGUGCUUCGGAACCCGAGCUGGGGGGACCCUGGCGGUGGAGCCUGGGCCUGCUAUAUGCCGGCGCCUCGGCUAGAGUGAGCGGCGGCGGCGGCGACGCCUCUUUCCUCCGGCUCAUUCCUUGUCGCGGUGAGGCCGAGCUAGUGGCGGGCGGCGGAGGCGGCGGGGCAGGGAUGGAGGACGUUAACUCCAACGUGAACGCGGACCAGGAGGUGCGGAAGCUGCAGGAGCUGGUGAAGAAGCUGGAGAAGCAAAACGAACAGCUGAGGAGCCGCUCUGGGGCCGUGCAGGGCGCAGGCCCUCUCGGGCCCGGCAGCCCUAUUCGGGCGGGCGCGUCCACUCCCUCCUCCGGCGCGGCGUCCCCUCGGGGCUUCCCCCUGGGCCUCAGCGCAAAGUCGGGCAGCGGCGCCGGGUCGGGCCCGAGGCGGACGAGUAGCGAGGAGCUGCGAGACGCCACCUCCUUGCUGGCGGCGGGCGAGGGCGGCUUGCUGGACGAGGUGGAGCCGCUGCGGCCCGAGGAGCUGGAGCGCCUGUCAGGCUGGGAGGAAGAGGAGGAGAGCUGGCUUUAUUCAUCACCAAAGAAAAAACUUACACCAAUGCAGAAAUCGGUUAGUCCAUUAGUGUGGUGCAGGCAAGUUUUGGAUUACCCAAGUCCUGAUGUUGAAUGUGCUAAAAAGUCUCUUAUCCACAAACUUGAUCAAACUAUGUCAGCUCUCAAGAGGCAGAAUUUGUAUAAUAACCCUUUCAACUCUAUGAGUUACACAAGUCCUUACAGUCCAAAUGCCAGUAGCCCAUACAGCAGUGGCUUCAAUUCUCCAUCCUCAACUCCAGUACGACCUCCUAUAGUCAAACAGCUUAUACUUCCUGGAAAUUCAGGUAACUUGAAAAGCUCAUCAGACAGAAAUCCUCCCCUUAGUCCUCAGUCCUCUAUAGAUAGUGAGUUAAGUGCUUCGGAAUUAGAUGAAGAUUCAAUUGGAUCCAAUUAUAAGCUAAAUGAUGUAACUGAUGUGCAGAUUCUAGCCCGGAUGCAGGAAGAAAGUCUCCGGCAGGAAUACGCAGCCACCACAUCUCGGCGUAGUUCUGGUUCAUCUUGCAAUUCUACAAGAAGGGGUACUUUUAGUGAUCAGGAACUUGAUGCACAAAGUUUAGAUGAUGAAGAUGACAAUAUGCAUCAUGCAGUAUACCCUGCUGUUAACAGGUUUUCACCAUCACCACGCAAUUCACCUCGACCAUCACCUAAGCAGUCUCCCAGAAAUUCACCUCGUUCACGAUCUCCUGCUCGGGGAAUAGAAUACAGUAGAGUGUCCCCACAGCCCAUGAUUAGCCGCUUACAGCAACCUCGCCUUUCACUUCAAGGCCAUCCCACGGAUUUACAGACAAGCAAUGUUAAAAAUGAAGAAAAACUAAGACGCAGUCUUCCAAACCUGUCCCGAACAUCUAAUACACAAGUUGACUCAGUGAAAAGCAGCAGAAGUGACUCAAAUUUUCAAGUGCCAAAUGGAGGAAUACCUCGCAUGCAACCUCAGGCUUCAGCCACUUCGCAAAGGCUGAAAAUUUUGCCUCGUACUUCCCUCAAAGCCAAACAGUUGCUUCAAACUUCAUCUACAAAAAGAGUACCUUCUCCAGGGAAAUUUCGCUCCCCUGCAGCACCAUCUCCUUUGGCUCUCCGGCAACCAGUGAAAGCCUUUAGUAACCAUGGCUCUGGCUCUCCUGGUAGCCAAGAAACAACACAGCUCACACAAACCACCUCUUCACCUGGGCCUCCCAUGGUUCAGAACACAGUCCCAGCAAAUCCUCCCAGCAAUAUCAACAGCACUACCCUAACCAGACCUGCAGGGACAACUGCAAUGAGAAGUGGCUUGCCCAGACCCAGUGCCCCUUCUGCUGGGGGUAUACCAGUGCCUCGCAGCAAACUUGCACAACCUGUUCGCAGAUCCUUGCCAGCUCCUAAAACCUACGGAAGCCUGAAAGAUGACAGCUGGAAAGACGGCUGUUACUGAGCAGCAAAGACAGGAACGCAGAGGCCCACGGCUUCACGGAUACCCUUCCUCCAGGCUGAAAACCACUUUGAUAUGCAGACUGUUCAGCUAGGACUCGUGGGAUUUAUGAAAUCCCAGCCCUCUGUCUUGACUAGCACAAACUGACAGAGAUGAUCAAGCAGCACUUUAAUGACAUUUAACAUCAAACGUGUUUGGUAAUCAUACAAUCACUCUCCAUGAAAUCACUUUUAGUUUUAUUUAAUAGAAACUAAACUGAUUUUUUAAAUAAUUGACAGAGGCCAAUAACUGGGCAAAUACCUAAUGGAUGCCAAAGAGAAAUGCCCAUUUUCAAUUGAGAAAGUACCUUUGUGCACAAGAAAAUGGUGGAUUCAAGCUAUCCAAAACUUCACGUUCAACCUAAUUUACUGUAUAAAUAGCAUCAAUAAACAUUUGUGUUAAUGAGAACUAAUAUUCUGACUAAUUAUCUGAAGUGUUUCACAGUACUCCAGAAAAAUUAUCCAUCAAGAUUGGGGGACAAGAGGAAGGAACCCGGGCUAGAGAUUUUAAAAAUAUGAUACAUAAAUUUGGGAGAGUUCAGCAGAUUAUUUUUGCAGAUUUGUUAAACAAAUGGUCAUUUCAUUUAAUCUUAAGUUUUGGACAUGGCUCACCUAUCACCACCACCAGAUAGUGUUAGAGUGUGCAUCCAUCAUGUUGCAUUGACACAUCGGAUUUAUAUGUGUUUGUUGAUUGCCAAAAGGGCUUAAUAUCAGUUGUACAAUCUUUCUAAACUUUCUAGUUCCUGGCUCAGGAAAGAUGGCCUUUGCUGUUGAAGCCAGCUUCUUCACAUGCUGUUAUCUGUUAGAGAACAAAGAGAUCUUGUGUUUAUUAGCAGGUUUCCAUGAUGGAAAGAGCAAGUAGUAUGUGUCUUUAUUAUUGAUACAACAACACCUCAGUGCUUACAACCUGGAACAAAACCUUACAAUGAGAGGGGGGAGGUAAAAAUCUAUGCACUUAACUUACAAAAUCUCUGGUGAUGACAGUUGUAUUGUUGCUAUUAAAUGGCAUAACGGUUUAUUAUGUGGUAGGAAAACAUAGCCUGCUAAGUCCUACUUACUUUGGUCCACUUUAAGCUGAGUAACUGUAUAAAAUAUCUUUUGAAAAUACUGUCCCUAUUGACUUAGAUUCUGCCUUACAUCAAUUUUUGCAUUUUUACUACAUAUAACUCCAAUCUGUUUAAAUACUUGCUCUCUUAUGGCUCUUAUAUGUAUCCUUGAAAUUACCUGUUUUGGUUUAUCAGACUGUUACCAGAUGAAAACUUUUUUUGUAGCAGGCUUCUUAUUUUUGAUAGUGAGGUCUGUUUUUAAAUUCUUAAUUUGAACAAGCUCUAAAAUAUUGGCAGUUGGUUCACAUAAAAGAUUUUAGAGAUUUGAACGUAAGUUCAUUUCCUGUUAAUCAAAGACAUUCUGUAAGUUGGCAAAAGAAAAUUGAGAAAGAAAUAGAAGGCUUAACGUUCAGGUUGAGAGGAUGAUAAAACUUAAAACCAAGACCCCCAUUCUGCUGUGACUGAAACCAUGGUAGUUUUUAUCAGCUUGAACAGUAGGAAGUCAUUCAGUCAUCACAAGCAGCUGGAGAUGUAAAUUGGCAGUCCUAUGUAUUUUGGUGUAUAAUGCAAGGAAGAAAGUGUAGCCUUGAAUUUGAGAGCAAUGGGGUGGGUCAGCGAUGGAUGGCGCCAGAAUUCUACGUGGUAAGGAACUAAAAAUUGUUGCUUUUCAGAGGAAGUAAAGCUUCUGCUCUGGGUGGGGUAUCUCAUGUAAAUCUAAGUAAUAAAAAGGAAGAGCUAGCUACUGUCUCUUUUUAAAACCACAUAUACACAAAACAAAACAGGUCUCAGUUUUCAGUGCAACAUUUUAAAAAUAUAUAUGCUGCAAUCUAAUAAUUUAAAGGAAGUUUAUUCUGAAACACUCAUUAUGUUUUUUCAUUUAGAUAAUCAAUUUCAGAGGGAAUAUUCAGGUUAUUUAACUUUGUUUUUAAAUGGCUGCAUCAGAAAAAGAAAAAAAAGUCUAUUUUUUUUUAAUUAAGAUAUUUCAUCACUUGUUAAAAACACAUUUUGGAUCUGGGUUUGGUAAAGUAUGAUUUUACCUGCUGUUUCACUACCACAGACUAUUGGCUUUUAAUUUCCUAAAGAGAAAAAUGGCCUUUUUACUAGGAAGCCUUUGUGUGUUGCCAGUUUUUCUGUUUGGGAAAAUCUAAGGAUUUACUGUGGUUAGUCUUACAGAAGAAAUGUGGAUUUGAUAAACUAGUGCCUAUGAUUUUAACUUAUGUUGAUAUAUAGUAGUAAUGGUUUUAUGAAUGUUGAUUAUUUUGUGCCAACAGCCCAGAAUUGUCACUUAUAUGUAAGCAGAAAGCUGUGAACUCUGCUUCCAAAGUUAUUUAAUUUUCUCAGUGUUUGAAUGUUAUUUUUUGUAAGUGUGUUAAUAAAAGUGUAAAGAAUUGGAAAAAAUAUAAAUAUUCUUAACUCAAGCAUUUGCUGGAUCAUUUUUCUACAAAACUUGUUUGUAUAAUAUAAGACACUCUGAAGAGUUGACUUUUUUCAGUUUUCAUACCCUGGAAAUCACAUUUUGUAAGCUGGGGACCAUUCAUAAUUGUGUCAGAUGCUUUUUAAAAUUAUCUCAAUACAUCACUUUUAUAAAAAAAAGUUUUUUUGAAAGAGAAUUAGAUACAUAUGUGGCCCCAGAUGUUUGUAUAACUCUAGAAUGAUCUAGACUAUGUAUGUUUAAAUUAACUUUCUAUUGAAUGUACAGGUGUCCAUCUUUGACAUUGCGCAUGGUCCUUUUAGAUCACAUGAAGUUGAUUCGCAAACAUUUCGAUAGCAGAACUUGUAUAUGUGGUUGCCUCCUUAAUAAACAGCCUGACCAUAAUGUUUAUCAUUAAAUUUACAUUUGUUUUUCAA